AUGGGGUACUCAGCCACCACCUACUUACACGAAUUUAUAUUUUGUUUGGCCGAUCUAGUCUGGUUAUUCAUUGAUCUGCUGAAAAGUGUUAUUCAAGAGAACGACAAUUCAAUCAGUCACGAGUUGCUUCUGGAGAAGAGCUGUGAUCAAAUGUUUUCAGAUACUGGUGAGGAAAUCGGUCCCAGACCGAUGGUUACUUCUGGCGAAUUACGCAUAAGAGCAGAGUUUUUUGCGCCGUUUGCUGGCGUAGAAAGUACAGGCAUGGCCAAGUUCUGCCAGGACUCGGUGGAGAUGAUGGGGGAGGACUGCGACCAUGUGCACAUCACAGCUCUAUGUGAUGCAUUAGGCGUGCCGACACGUGUGGAGUGUCUUGACCAGAGCACAUCCAGCUCCGGCGACUUAACGCCAAAACAUCACGACUUCAUUCCGAUGCAGAGCAGUGCGUCCGACGCAGGCGACCCACCGGUGCCGCGCGUGACCUUGCUGUAUCGCCCUGGCCACUACGACAUCCUCUACCCAAAGUGA